AUGUUUGAUGUCAUCCCCAAACGCUAUGUUUUUGCAUUGAUUGGAUUAGCGGCCGCGACAUUGGCUAUAAUGCUUCAAUCUAAUCUCAGUAUGGCUAUUGUCUAUAUGGUUCAUUGGUCCAAUCAAAAUUCCUUUAACAAUCCAUCAAGAAGAGAAUGCCCUGAAAAUCAAAAUAUCAAAAGCAACUUAACUCAGUGGGAGAAGAUGCCAUACGGAGAUUUAGAUUGGAGUCCUGAAACACAAGGCCUGGCAAUUGGUAUUCAAUUCGUAGGCAUCAUGAUUGGUUGCAUACCUGGAGGGCGAUUAGCUGAAGUUUACGGCAGCAAGAUUAUACUGAUAAGCACUCUUCUUUUAGCGUCUUUUGCCACGGCAUUGUUACCAUCGGCAGCAUAUUCAUCUGUUUAUGCAUUUAUGUUUUGCAGGGUCAUUGUAGGUUUGGGGAUUUCCCCAGUGUUUCCAGUUCUAGUCUAUAUGAUCUCACAUUGGAUUCCAGCUUCAGAACAGAGCUUUGUAUCUUCUUUCAUGCUUGCGGGAUAUGGAACAGGAACGUUCAUUUCAUAUGUUGCAGCUGGUUUUCUGUGUUCUUCUGAUUUUUUAGGUGGUUGGCCAUCUGUUUUUUAUUUGAGUGCUCUUAGUGGAUUAAUUUGGAGUAUUUGGGCGUAUUUUGCCUUAUAUGAUGAGCCCCAAAGGCAUCCAACUAUCAGCAUGGAAGAAGUGGACUAUAUUAACAAGCAUACAUCGUCUCAAACGAAAAAGGUAAAAUCCAUCCCUUGGAAAUCUAUGGCGACUUCCGUUCCGCUUUGGGCUUUAGCCAUAGGGGCGUUUGGUCAGUUUUGGAUCAUAGCAUUUUUUGCCACGUCUUUAACCCUUUAUAUGGGAACUGUUCUCAAUUUGGAUAGUGUGGAGAACGGAUAUAUUUCUUGUAUCCCAAACUUACUUAGAGCAGUUUUGGCUUGCCUUGUUGGCGUUGGCAUUGACUAUGCUUUGGAGAAAACAGAAAUUCCGAUAACUUAUAUAAGAAAAGGAGCGACAAUAGCAAAUUCCAUUACUGCAGUACUUGGUUUCGCAGGAGUUUUAUAUGCUGGAUGCGAUAUAACUAUCAAUGCCAUUUGGUUUAUAAUAGCAUGUAUAUCAAAUGAUUUCACUAUAUUUGGCGUUUGUUUAGUUCCAGUAGAUUUGGCACCACAUCUUUCAGUUUCCGGAGAAGAUCACAGAAGGUUCUCGAAGAAACAGCAUACUUCGUCUCCUAUUGCUCCUAACGUAAAAUUUCCUGAAAGUUCUAGUAUCAACAGUUUUCUUGCCAAAUUAGUUGCUAUUUCGCCAAAUGAUACCAAGUUUAUCGGCAAGGCCGGAGGUCAUUGA